GUCAGAAUAUAAUAAUACAGCCACAAAAAGGGGAAGAGAUAUUUUGAGAAUCGAUGGCCAUGGCUGAAAAUUACCGGCAGCAAGAAGGCGCCACCACUGCCGCCGUUGAAACCUCUAGCCAUCUCUCCGAUAACCCUCACCAGAACGGAAUGAUAGGCGAUUCAAACGACGGUUUCGAUUUCGUCAGCUCUCUGCCGGACGCGAUUCUCCACCUUAUCCUUUCUUCUAUUCCGACAAAGUCCGCGAUCAGAACCUCUGUCUUGUCCAAGCGAUGGAGGCAUGUAUGGUGCGAGACUCCUUCUCUCUCCAUUGAUAGCCAUAGAGUGGUCACCCGAUCGAUAAACAAAACCUUAGCUAGCUUCUCGGCUCCCAAAAUCACGAGCUUCCAUCUUCGAACCAGCUUAGUCAAUCGGAUUCAGCCUGUCGAUAGCUGGAUCGAGUUCGCCAUUUCUCACGACGCCGAGAAGCUGUCUCUCGAGUUUCGUGAUCCUCGUGUCAGGGAUUACAAUUUUCCUGAUUCCUUCUACACCAAUUCCACUGUGAAGCAACUCUUGGUCGACUCUGGAUCUGUGGUGAUGAUACCCAGAUGCACAGUGUCUUGGACAUCUCUAAAGAACUUGUCUUUGAGUUACUGUAAGCUUUCCGAUGAAUCCCUUCUUAAGAUUCUUUCUGGUUGUCCGCUGCUUGAAAGCUUGGAAUUGCUGUUCUGUGAUGAGUUUCGGUGUCUUGAUCUGAGUCAAUCACCGUGUCUAAGAAGAUUGGAGAUGGACCGAAGCGAUUGGUUUCUCGGUCCAACGGAGAUUGUGGCACCGCAUAUCCAUUGUUUGAGAUUGAGACACUCUCGAUUACCAUGUAGAUUAGUGGAUGUCUCUUCUUUAACCGAAGCUAACCUGAACAUCUACUUUUGCGAUCUUGGAACUCUUACGCCUGAUUUUCUUCAAGGCAAUGUGAUAAAGAUGCUAGCAAAGUUGCAGAAUGUGGAGAAGCUAACUGUUGGUGCUACCUUUCUUCAGAUGUUAUCUCUUGCGGCUCUCUGUGGUGUACGUUUUCCGACGCUCAAGGUCGAAUCUUUGACACUUGAAACAAUGAUUGUUCGGUCUGUUAUUCCUGGUAUAACAAAGCUUCUACAGAACUCACCUGGAUUAAGAAAGCUAACAAUACACACCGUGAAAUGCAGCAUCAUAUCGGAAGUGCAUCUCAACAAUUACUUGCGUUCACAUAGCUUGAAUCAGCGUCAAUGCUGGAGAUCAAAGGACAUGUUGUUCCCGGGCUCUAUUGAGACCAUUUCGAUGUUGGUGGGUAAAUAUGCAGAGUCCAAUCUUGUGGCUUCGUUCAUGGAACUUUUACUGAGAUAUACAACAAGUCUAGAAGCAAUGGUUGUGCUCUUGGUAGGUUACCUUGACGCAUCAGGUUUUGAAGAGCUUCUUGCAAUGGCAGCAACACUUUCGCACAAAACAAAUGUCUUCAUUUUGAUCAAGCAAAGCCAUGUUAAAAAUGUAUCCAACACUUUCUCAUAAUGAUGAUGUAUCAAUUUGAUCAAAGCAAAACCCUUUGUUAAAUAUGUAUCGUAAGGCUUUAGGUUUGAAUCUCACAAUAACAAUUAUACUGAAUCUCAAAUUCAGAUUAUUUGUAUUUUGAUUUUUUUCAGUAGAAUUGUUCAGUUGACCA